CGGUUUCCGCUUCGUGCCGUGAGCCGUCGCUGCCUGUGCGGUUGUUGUGCCUGGUGGCUGUGACCGUGGCCGUGGCCGACUAGCCGACGACCCAGGACCGGGACUGGGAGGCACAGCUCGUCGUGUUCUGCUGCCUAAGCCGGUAGGCCCCGCCCUGGGCUGCGUCAGUGCGACUGCGAACGCCACUAUUGGCCUUGGUUCGGCUCGGCCGCGGCCCGCGGGGCCGGCGUGCCAGGGGGCGGUUAGCGGCGGUUGGGCGCACUGCAGCCGCGGGCUCGUUUUUUAUGGCACCGCCGCCCGCCUAGGGGACGGGGGAGAGAGACCAACCGCCGCUUGGGCUCUUCCGCCUCCAGUCCUCCACCACGGCACCACGUCGUCUUACCUCGCUUCGGCGCCGCCUCCUUCUCCAUCUCCACCCAAAAGGUAGUGCGCCUCCCUCCCUCCCACCCGCUCUCCCUUUCCAUGCUUCCCCACCACCACCUGGGUCGCCGAAACGCUGCAGCCGCGAAGAGAUAGGGAGAAGAAGAAAAAAAACUCGCUUGCUGUUCCCGUGUCUGCUCCGUUGAGGCCUGCGUUGUUAAUUCGUGCGGCGCUUCUCGUCCGGCGGCGGAGAGAGCGUGCUCUUGCUCUGUUGGUGUGCCGCUUACUUGCUCCAGGAAUUGGCCUUCGCUGCAUAUGUUUCUCAUUUCCUGAAUUCUAAGCCAAGAAACCCCUAAAGGACAGGCUACCGCAGCGGGAUUUUGGAAGGUUCACAAUCCCUUCGUCUUCGUAUGCAGACGUGAAGGAAUUGGGAAAGUUGGUGUUGUCUGUGUGUCCGUGUUCAUGGCCACGGAGCUAGAGCCUAGAGCUUUGCAAGAAGGUUCAGGCGGAAAAAGAAUAAGCUGGCUCCAAGAUAAUGGCAUCUCUUACUCCAGGAAUACUAUUAAAGGUUCUAAAACAUAUUAACUCUGAUGUCAAAGUAUGUGGAGAAUACCGGUCCAUUCUUCUCCAAGUUAUUAGCAUAGUCCCUGCAAUAACUGGUUCAGAACUUUGGCCGGACCAUGGGUUCUUUAUCAAAGUUUCAGAUUCUUCACACUCAACUUAUGUUUCCUUGUCUAAGGAGGACAAUGAACUCAUCUUAUCAAACAAACUACAACUUGGACAGUUUAUAUAUGUUGAGAAGGUCCAGUCAAGUAUACCUGUUCCGGUUCUUGUUGGGGUCCGCCCAGUUCCAGGAAGGAACCCUUGCAUUGGAAACCCAAAGGAUUUGAUGCAAAUGUCAACUCCCUCUGGAGUUAUGGAAGCACUGGAUCAUCAACGGACAACUUCCAAGUCAGCUGAUCUGUCUGAAAGUGAAAAGGAAAAUUUGCAGAGAAAGGUAGUUAUCAAAGAGCAGAAGACAGUUGUCGCUUCCCGUUACAUGCUUGGGGUGUCAAGCAACAACGGGAAAAUUACCAACCUCAACUCCAGCAUUGAUAGUGAAAAAAGUAAUGGAGGAAGUACCAUAUCUGAAUCAAAUAAAAAAUCUGUUGCCCUGAAAGUCAGACAAGAGGCAAAACCUCAGGAACGGUCAAAUAAUACAUCUCCUAGUAACGCUAAGUUAGUUUCCACAAAGCAAGAAAUUAGCAAGGACACACGCAAGAAUAUUGGCACUUCACCUAGUCCAAAUGGUUCUGCUGUAGUCAAGAAGCAAAUGCCAAAGGAGAGCAAAAAGGAAGUUGCUACUGAGAGAAGAUCACCACCAAAGCUUCAUAGGAGUUCGCCAACACCAGCGAGGACUUCACCAACAAAGCUCAGUCCAGCAGCAAAGCAGAAUGGAAACUCUGGUCCAGUUUCUUCUGUAUCUACUGUUAAAAAAAGAGUUAGUGAAACUAUCUCUUGGGACUCCCUCCCAACAAGCCUAAUCAAUUCAGGAAAGGCUGUUGUCCGGAGGAAGAACAUUGCUCUUAUUGUAGCGGCUGAGGCUCAAAGGGAGGCUGCUGCAGCUGCGUAUCUUGUAAAAGGCCUUGGAAUUUUUUCUGAGAUAAGGGAAUCUUCUGAAGUAGAUCCACAAGCUGCAAUCACCAAGUUUUUCGAGCUGCACAGGCUUAUCGUUCAGCAAAGUGCUGUCUGGAAAGCUUACACUCCUGAGCCUAGCAAAGAAUCUCGACCGGAGAAGGAAAAACCGUCGAGGAAAGCUUCUGCAUCUCAUCAUCACCAGAACAAAGCUGGCACACGCGACACAGCUAAGAAUCCCGAAGGUGCCCAGGGCAGUGAGAAGACGGAAUGGGCCCGGGAGGACGGUUUCAAGGAGAUCUGCAGGUCAUGGAUUGUUCUGAGGAAAGAAUCGCGGUCGUGGUUUCUGAGCUUCCUGGAGGAUGCACUUGAAUCAGGAUUCAUGUCCGAGGGCCAAACCACCAAGAACACGAGAGAACGCGUGCGGGGACAACCCAAACCCAAGGGUGGGGACGGGAGGAUCGCGGUCCUGCUGUCGCAGCUCAAGGAGACGAGCAACUGGCUCGAUCAGCUGCUGCAGGACGAGGCGGACACUUCCGCGGACGGUUUGGCCGAAACCGUUGACCAGCUGAAGCAGAAGGUGUACAAAUGCUUGCUUGGAACGGUCGAAACCGCGGCGUCGGCACUCGGAGGAAGAUAAAAAAAUUGAUGUAAUGGUGACGAAGACGAGCAUUAAGUUAUUGGGUGUUCAGUCCUGCAACAGGAUGUUGGGGUGAAGAACACAAUGAGGGGAAGAUGUAAAUAGUCGGGUUGCUCAUUUUUAAGUUAUAAACUAAUUUAUUUUUAUUUUUUGGGAGGUGGGGGUGGGGGAAUUUCCUGGUGUUGCGUGUGAAAUGGCAAUUGAUUUUCUUGGGUAUUCGAAUUGUUACAAAUGAUCUUGCGUGUCAGCUUUUGAAA